AUGUCUAGUUUAGGAGAAUUUGAUACCACAAGCUUCAAAAAUUCGACCUUUAGGUUAGAUAGGCCCUCGGCAUAUUUGGUCAACAAAGCUCGCAGAGAUGAAGCUAAUGGAUAUUCUAACUUGAAGAAGUCGAUGGAGUCAGCAACAGUAUACAUAGGGAAAUUGUCGUUUACUACAACGGAAGAGCAAUUGUUUGAAUUAUUCAGUGACUGUGGUACAAUCAAGCAGAUAAUAAUGGGAUUGGAUAAGAAUAAAUUGACACCUACAGGUUUCUGCUUCAUCAUAUUCCAGAAAGCAAAUAGCGCACUCAAUGCAGUGAAAUUUUUGAACAAGUCCAAGAUUAAUGGUAAGCCGAUGGAUAUUGAUCUUGAUCCUGGUUUUGAGGAGGGUCGUCAAUUUGGAAGGGGUCUUGAUGGAGGUCAGAAACAGCACGUUCUUCAAAGAAGACGGCUCAAGAGAAGAUACAGAGAGAGAUACGAUGACCGGGGCAGUCGUGGUGAUCGAGGUGAUAGGGAUAACCGUGGUAACUGGGGCAGCCGAGGUAACCGUGGUGAUUUCGGAGAUAGAGGCGAUCGAGGAGGGGACCGUAAUCGUGGAUACAGACAGAGUUACAGAGGUGGGCCUAGACGUGGAUAUCGUGCUGAGAGAGGUGAUAGAGAUAACUACCACGGAGAUCGUGAGCGCAGAUAUAAUGACGGUCUGCAGUAUAAUCGCAGGCCGCAGAAUAUCGAUAGUCAUCAGUACAACGACAGACCUCAAUAUGAUAGUUUUACGUCUCGCGAGCCUGAGCAGGAUUUCAGAUAUGCAUCAACACGGGAGAGAGAGUUUCAGCACGAAACAUAUGUACCGCCAGAUGCUGAUCAUAGAGAGCAUACUGAGCAGGGAAGUGGUUUCGCUGGUGCUACUGGUUCUACUAGGGUUACUGGUGCUCCUGGUGAUAAGGAUGAAUAUGUUCCGGACGACGGUCGUUCCGACUUUCACGGAGAUAAUGAUAAAGAAACCCAGGAGCUUCCACCCCACCUUCAACACUAA